AUGUCGACUUCAACCCGCCCGACCACACGCCCGCGCCGUAUCGACGACGCCCUCUCCCAACUAGUCGAAUCUCUACUCCCCGAGAUCCCGCUCUCCGCGCUCCCCCAAGACCACGAUUUCUCCGACGACGACCUAGCCCUCGCCGCCGCCGAGGAACACCGCCACCAUGCCCAGCUCGAACGCGCCUGGCGCACCCUCGAAGCACACCCCAGCAGCGGCGCAGACCCAACCUCACCAGCCGGCCGCCGCGGCAGUUCCGCCGGCGAAGACAUCAACCACGCCCCGGAUUUGAUCAAGCGCAAGCUGCGGCGCGAAAACGCCAGUCCAGAAAAGAUUGUGCGCUUCUCGAAUUUGUACACCCGUCUACUCACGCAGCCCGUGCUCUCGCAGAAAUGGGGUAUCUUGUAUCUGCUGUACAAGCUGAGCGAGACGGACGAAGAACAACAGCCCGUCGAGCGCAGCCGCAGUCCGCUGAUGGACGAGGGAAAUUUGCAGAAUAUGCUUGGUCGGGGCGCGGGACGUCCUCGGCGUGGCGCGGUCGUCGAGUCGGAGGAUGAUGAAGGUCCCGCUGUGAGUUCGUCUGCGUCGCAACCGCCUCGCGUAUCUCGGGAGUCCAGGGCGCAGCGCCCGAGUUCGCUGCAUAGGGAUUGGGAGGAGUCUACGGAGCGGGCGAGCGCGAGUCGUGCGAGUCAUUAUGAGACUGGUGAUGAGCGCGAUGGUAUGGCGUCGCCGACGGAGACACCGGCCAGUCAUGCUCGCUCGACGGAGUCUGUUGAGAACGGGCUUUUACGAGAUCUUCCGUUUAAUUUGCAGGGGUUGUCGUCGACAAAUUUACAGUUUCAGUCGACGUCGGUCUUGAAAUUACCCUCUAAUCUACCGGCUCCGAUUGUAUCGCUGUUGAAUGCUUUGGCUGAGCCUUGUUUGCUUUAUAAAGAGUUGGCUGGGUUUGUGGAGAGUGCAGAGGGGGGACUCGUGAAUCAAAGCUUGAGGGCUGCUGUUGCGAAUGAGUUGCGCUCGUACUUGGGUUUGGUUGCGACGCUGGAGGCGGAGAUUCGGCAGGCUUUGGCUGCUAUUGGGAAUGCGAGUACGAUGCAGGGGGUAAGGAAGGGUGGUGUUACUUUGAAGAGGUGUAUGGUGUGGACGAGAGAUGCGACCAUGGCGCUGAGGUUGAUGAGUUUGAUUGUGGAAGAAGCUCGAGAUAAAAAGGGAGGCCAAUUGAUCUCCUUAAUCCACGGAUUUUCGUCGUCUCAUGGGGACCCGUUUGUCUGCGCCUUUGCCGAGAAGCUUCUGGCCCAUGUUACUCGUCCAUUCUACGAUAUGCUUCGGCUAUGGAUUUACGACGGCGAGCUGUCUGACCCAUAUAAAGAAUUUUUCGUUGCAGAAUCCGAUCUCCGGACGACUGCUGACCCCAGACGUACAGCAACCAGCGUCUGGGAGGACAAGUAUAAGCUGGAUGAUGAUAUGGUGCCGUCUAUUAUCACACAGGACUUUGCCAAGAAGGUUUUCUUGAUUGGAAAGUCUCUCAACUUCAUCCGAUAUGGCUGCGGUGAUUCUGGAUGGGUGGAGGCUUAUUCCAAAGAAGCCUCGAAAGAGCUGCGAUAUGGCGACACUGCAACCCUAGAGACCUCCAUUGAUGAGGCCUACAAGACGACCAUGGCGCGGUUAAUCCACCUCAUGGAUGACAAGUUCAAGCUCUUUGACCACCUGCGGGCACUGAAGAAGUAUCUACUGCUAGGACAGGGCGAUUUCAUCGCUCUCCUCAUGGAGUCACUGGCCUCGAACCUGGAUCGGCCUGCAAACUCGCAGUACCGACACACGCUCACCGCGCAGCUGGAACAUGCCAUCCGAGCUUCCAAUGCGCAGUAUGAUUCCCCCGAUGUGCUCCGCCGGCUGGAUGCACGCAUGCUCGAGCUGAGCCACGGCGAGAUUGGGUGGGACUGCUUUACUCUGGAGUACAAGAUCGAUGCCCCCGUCGACGUGGUUAUUACACCCUGGGGCUCAACACAGUAUCUCAAAGUCUUCAACUUCCUCUGGCGCGUUAAGCGCGUCGAGUUCGCCCUCAACAGUACCUGGCGUCGCUGCAUGACCGGUGCACGAGGCGUACUAGGCAGUGUGGACGACAAGGUCGGGCCGGACUGGAAGCGCGCACGCUGUGUUAUCGCCGAGAUGAUUCACUUUGUCUGCCAACUGCAAUACUACAUCCUUUUUGAGGUGAUUGAAUCCAGCUGGGAUCAGCUGCAGGCCGAAGUUUCGAAGCCAGGCUGCACUCUCGACGACCUCAUUGAAGCACACACCAAAUACCUCAACUCUAUCACACACAAGGGCUUAUUAGGCUCGGCCACUGCAUCUCGAUAUGGCGUCUCUACCUCUGCCUCCGCCAAACAGCCGGAGGAAAGUUUCCUCAGCCAACUCCACCAUAUCCUCAAGAUCAUGCUUUCAUACAAGGAUGCCGUGGAUGGCCUUUACUCCUUCUCCGUCGCUGAAUUCACCCGUCGCCAGGAACUCAGCGCGAAGAUUGAAACGCGGACAGCACAAGGCCGCUGGGGUGUCACGGAUCGCGACAUGCUACCGCGUCGCGCGAAUAGUCGUGGCGGUGCCUCCAUGGCAUCAACACCAGAUAUUCGACCCGCCAGUGCCGGGCCGGACGGGAUAGACACGCCAUUCUCACUAUCAGCACAGGAUCUCGCGGCAGACGACAACAUGCUCGCCUCGCUACGGGUCCGACUGCGUGAUCUCUCUGCCGAUUUCAAAUCCCGUCUAACGACCUUACUUAGUGAUCUGUCCUACCAACCCGAUGUAGACAUGCGCUUCCUCGCUGUCGUGAUGAACUUCAACGACGUCUACAAACCUAGAAGGCGGGCCAAGCCGACUUCUGGCGCACGGGAUAGAGAUAGAGAGAGGGAGCGGGCGAAGCGCAAGGCAGCUGCUAGUGCUGCGGCGGCGAAUGCUGGUACUGGCUCGGGCACGGAGUCAUCGAGAGAGAUGCGACGAGAACGAAGUGCUGGUGCUGGUCCUGAGCCUGGGAAUGGCAAUGGCGCUGCGACAUAG